AUGGCUGGACAUGAAGUGUGCGGUCUCAUCGCAACUUACUUGGGCUCUCAACAAACACAGGCUUUGAUCCCUCACCUGAAGAGCAGGUGCUUGCCCAGCUUUCUGUUGGCCUUGAUGUUUGGUGUCCUGGCAUGUGCUGAACGACUCUUCUCUCGUGCUGACUGGACCAUCGCACAUGUUCAGCCCAACGCUGAUGGACUGACUGCUCCCGGCCGUCCUGUCUACACCAUGCAGUACUUUGAGUGGGGGAUCAACGUUCCAAUCCUCUUCAUUUUGUCAGGGUAUUGCAGUUUGGGUCGGCCUUUGCAUGAAGUAUCACGUCCCUUGAUCGUCACCAACAUCUAUGUCAUCUUCUCUUGGGCAGCAGCUGCUUCAACUUCAGGAUUGCUCAAAUGGAUGCUUGUUUUUGUCGCAUUUGCCCUCUUCGGAUGGGCAUCUGCUGACAUGUUGGCUUGGGUUGACAAGUUCGAGCGUUCAGCGCCCCAAGACCUACCAAGCCGUAACAUUCGACCCUGGCUCUCCAACGGCUUGAUCAUCGAACUCCUGCUGUACGGCGUCGUUUACAUGUCAUGCAUGCUGGGAUUGAUCGACGCGCAUACCGAACGCAAAGGCUUCUUCGUUCUGACUUUUGGUUCCAAGAUUGCCUACUGUGCAGCCUUUGUCUUCAUUCGAGCUGAUGAAUAUCACAAGACUUUGACUGACGUUCUGCGAAAAGUCAGCGUUUCCAACGUGGGCAUGAUUUCGAUUUUACGUGGAAGUUUCGAUAUCAUCCUGCCGUGCGUUUUGGAUGCUGCUGGCCGUUGCAAAUUGCCCCCGCAGAUGUCAGGAGAUAUGGAAAAACUGGAGAAGAUGUUGGGCUGCCGCGUGGCCGGCGCCAAUUUGAAGGAUCUUUUGGCUGGGGAAGAAGACAAGUCAGACUUCUCUGCCUACGUUCGAAACGUGGUUCGCCAAGCCGAUUGUCCUCAAGGAAGCGAAGUGUCUUUGUCUACUCAAGGCAUUUGGACAUGCUCUGCUGGAUCUAUGCCACCAAUUGCACAGGUCCUGCACAGCAAGAUGAUGUCCAAGACCAGCCAGAGCCGUCUUUCUGCGACUCUCCAUCUCUCUGUCGUGCCACGUUCAGCCGUGAGCCACGGCAAGGAACGUCAUUUGGUGGCCGCUAUUCAAUUCGCAGCAACCAUUGACGAAUCAAAGGAAGCAGACAUUGGAGCAGCUGGCUUUGAGACUUUCAAGGCAGAUGAAAUCCACACCUCUACUGGUGGAUCAACCAAGCCUUCGGACACUGGUUCAGCCAUUGUGGCCAAUUUGGCAGAUCUCACAAAAUUGGGAGCCUCCGCGAUUCUCCAUGCAAGCUCUGUGCACGAGAGCGAGGAGGCAAGCCAAUACUGGGGACCAACCAUGGUCACCGAUGACACCAUGUCGCACUUGGGCGCUUUCGCAGCCGAGAAGACCCCGGGGCAAGUGGGUUCUGUGCCUUUCGAUGCCCGCGUUGUCGGUGUUUGGGAAGGCAAUACCAGCAAGGCCUUGGGAGGUUACCGUCAACGCAUCGAAUUCCACAAUGAUUGCAUCCAUGCAAACGUCACAGUGAUGGGCCAAACUAUGGAAGCUCGAUUCCGUAUGAACUGCUCAGUCGAGCCUUGCCAGCUUGACAUUGAAGUCCUGCCCAAGGGAACCAGUUGCCCUCCACCAGCGAUUCCUUACAUUUUCAAGUUCCAAAACGGUUCUUUGCAUUUGUGCGGCCCGGCCGACAAUCGUAUGCAUCGCGCCACGAACUUUGACGGUCCUGGAUUGUGCAUCAUGGACAAGAUUGAGACGAUGCCAGCAUCCACGAUGCCACGCCAAACGUCAGCAAACACACAAAUGUCACAAAUGUCUCUGGAGCCUGACCCCGAGUUCAGUCGCAAUAGCACCGAGGAUCAGCCCACCAGGUCUCCAUUGCUCAAUCAGAAGGAGCAUAUCGCACCGACGAAGCAGAGCAACAGCGUCGUCCACUGGAUUGAGGACCAGAUUCUGUUGCUGCUAAACUGCUCGUGCAGUACUCAGCAGCUGUUUUCUGCACAUUUGCUGACAACAGUCGCAGAGAAAGGCAAUGGCAAAGCGCCGUGUUUCAAGCUGAGUGCCGACGGAACCCAGCUGGCAGACUUUGCCUUUGCGGAUGUACUUUCCAAUGGCGCCAUUGUUGCUUCAACGUGGGAGCUUUCACUGCACUUUUUGAAGCAGGCACAGCAGACUUCCAUUGUGAGUUUCAGUGCUGCGAUAUCUGCCUGCAAGAAAGGCUCAACGUGGCUGCCAGCCCAGCUGCUGCUGCAACAGGCCAUGGCUUGCGGCCACCAGGCCAACGAUGUCUCGGUGGCAACCAUGGUCUUAGCACAAGCUAUGAAUCGCCAGUGGCCGUCGGCAUUGCAACAGCUGCUGCACUUUGAGGAACGAGGUGUCAAGUGUGACGUGGAUGCCUGCGCAUCUGUGCUCACAGAAUGUGAGCAAGAAAGCCUCCCCAGCAUCGAGACUGACCUGCUUGGUUUACUACGUUUACUGGAUUGGAAUUUGGAGUAUCCUCGUCGAACUCGUGAGUUUUUGGAAGAUUUCGGGUUGACCACGGGGUUGAUGGUCUCGGAGAGUCUCGGUGUGACACCAAGCUCCAGCUCCAGGCCGUGGAAAGGUCGACCUCAUGGUGCUUCAAGCGGGUUGACGGUGUCUAUUGCAUGCCUCGCAGCAGCAUGCCAACGAGGACAACGGCGGAAGGUUGCGAUGCAUGCCACAAAGCAGCUGGAACUCAGGGAAAUGACAACGCUGCUAAGCAGCUUUGCGCAGUCCCAGCUGCUGGUGUGCCACUGUCUGCUGCCUCUCUCCUCUUGGUCCUCUUGGUGGAGGGCGCCAAGGAAGACAAAGGUUCCUCGCCCGGAGUCGACCAAAGCGGCAAGGAAGGUGUGCUACGAGCCACCUCCGAAGUGGAAGGGCAACACGCAGAGGAACAAGAACAAGCCUGUGAGUGCAGUUUCGAAUGCUGAAAGUGGCUUGGAAACCCCGAAGCUGCGGAGUGUCUUCGAUGUGGCUCACAGGAAGGCAACACUCAAGUCCUUCGGGAAGGAGCGCACAGACAGCAAACGUUUGUCCCAAGAUUCCACGCGAGAGGCGGAUCCAGCUCUCAACUUUCAGGAACCGCAGGAGGAUCAGCGAGUCGCUCUGUGGGAACUGCACGGAUUAGCACGGGAUGUGAACAUGAAAGUGGAAGAUGUGAUCUCCAUCAAAGAAAUCUUUGACUCUUUUGAUGAAGACAAAACAGGGACCUUGGAGCUGGAAGAGUUCCAAAACGUUGCCAUGGGGAUACUCUCAUCGCAACUCAGGAAGACUACUCAGGCCAAACAACGAGUGCUGCAACUCUGUGAGAGGAACUUUGCGUUGAUGGACUCUGACGGCUCAGGUUCACUGGAUUUUCAGGAGUUUCUACGGUGGUAUUCCUCACGGAGCUUCAGUGAAAGUCUAUUGCUCACAGAUGCUGAAAGAGAUAUCCGAGAGUUGGCCAAGAAGUGCGGAUUGGAUGCGAACACAGUGGACAAGGUGAAGGAAUAUUUUGAUGCCGCGGACACUGACGGUUCAGGAAACAUUCAGUUCACCGAGUUUGCAGAGGUGUUGCCUCGGAUGCUGAAAUUACCAGCAGGCUUCGAAUUGCCGGAAAGUCGCAUCCGUCACUUCUGGUCGGAGGAGGGUUGGAGUAUCGUCGACACACGACUGCUCCAGCUGUGUCGCAGCAUGGGACAUUUACAGUAUUCUCUGGCCAAGCACGGCGCAGUGGAGCCAUGCCUCGUCACGAUGGCCAAAUUCUUUCAGCCCUUGCGAUUUCAUGUGCUCUACUGGGAAACAGGUGGCGGAGACUUCCCGGAAAUCUGUGAGACCUGCCAUGGGGUUUCCAAAGCAUGGCACUGGCGGAUGGACAACCUCCAGAGCUGUCUACGCGUUUGUGGGAAAGAGGGCCACGGCUUUCGUCGCGAAGUGGAAACUUUCACUUGUCUUGGUCCCAAGAUGUGUAUCAGCUCCUUGGCAAUUCGAGGUUCGACCGAGCUUUUGGCUCGCUAUUCUCUUCGUGACUUUUACGACCAUUUGGCCGUGACAAAGUCCAAAGCUCUCACAGAAGACACCGUCAUCGGCACAGCCAUCCGAGCGCAGUCAUCGCCAGUUCCAGGGGUCAAGGUGGAACACUUCUCCAGCAGGACUUGGAAGGAAUAUCUCGCCGGUUACGUAUCUGAGAUUCGAUCCGAAGCAGAGAAAGAUGGAGGCAAAGCAGUUGCAAUCGAACUAGACCCCACUGGCCUCGAGCUUUGCCCACUGAUCCCCCAGGGCAGUAGGGAAGGAGCACUGACGAGGGUCAUGAUUCUGCUGGGUGGUCCUAACGGAAUUGGCAGUUACCUGCGUCAAGUUCGGCAAAUCUUGGCUGACGGCUCUGAAGGCUCUAAAGGUUUGCAUUGCGGAAUUUUACCGGUUCGCUUGCCUGGUGGAAAGCAGCACUCCUACGUCGCGCUUUGCGACGUCUUUAUGUGGCAUGAUCGUCAGCAGUUGUUGCCAAACCUUACUGACAUGAUCAGGCUUGGGCCUUUUCGUUUUGCGAAACAGGCAGAUGAAUUGGCACGUCUCCUUGCCUUCAAUAUGCAGGAAAUCCAGAAGAAGCUCCAAGAUCCACCGGAUCCACCAUCACCGCGGAACGCUUCCGCUUCCAGUGGAACUUCCGAACUUCACACGAGAAAAGAUGUGCUUCCCAGUGAGAGCUGUUCAGACGAAGAGAUUGCUAUUCAAUUUGAGCGGGAAAUCCUGCGUCAUGGCGGCUACAUCGAAUGCAACCUUCUCUAUGUUUGUAAUCCUGGCCUUCGGAAAUUACUCGGUGAGCGAAAAUUGCUGCAAUUUUUGAAGGCUCAACCUGCAGUUUUCUACCUGGGCACAUCCGAUGGGCAAGACAUUGUGGGCACCUUGCGUUUAGCUGCCAGGGAACCAGCAUCAACGCAAGGCCAGACAUUGACAGCUUCAACAGCUUUAGGGCGCCAAGCCAUGCGAGACUUGGAAGACGCUGUGGCCGAGUUCUGUGCCGUCUGGGUUCCAAAGACGGCAGCACACGAUGCACCGUUUAUCCCACGAGUUGCUCGAGACGGCCGAGUCUACAAAAAGCUCCAGGCCUUUGUGCGUCACUGCCCAGUGUCAUCUUUGAAAGCCAAGACCGAGACAAGUGAGACAAGGGACACAAGUGACACAAGGGACACAUGGGUCAUGGAACUCCUUCAUUUGCGGUUGUUUCUGCUGGACCGUCCACUGACCUUUGUGGUCAGUGAUUCAGGGAAACCGUGCAACAAAGGUCUAAAGAAUUGCUGCUGCCACUUGAAAGUAGCCUUGAGCAAGGAGGCAGCUGUGCAGCUUGAAACUAAAGCCGACCGGGAAGCAAAAAAAAACCAAAGGCAAAAUGUAAAAAGUCCUGAAAAAACAAAAAGUUUCACAAAUCUUGUUGAUGUGGCAUCUUUGCCACAGCUAUUCUGCGACGGUGACAUCUUUGUGAUUGACAAGCCCAAAGAUUUGUCAAGCCAAAUCCUUCAAAGAGUCUACCAAAAGAUGGCGGAUGAGGAAGGACGUGGAAGACAGAUCCAUUGUUCGCAGCUGGACACGGAAGUUUCAGGUUGCUUGCUCUUUGCCUCAGUGCCGAUCUUUUCCUUUGAGGCAACCUUUUUGGCUGUCGUGCAUGGUAGCCUGCCAGAACCUCGUGAGAUCGCUGCAAAGCUACAUGUUGUUCACCACGGCAAGAAGACAAUCGCUUUCGUGUCACACAAGGGGCAGCCUGCCCACAGCGUUUUCACUCCACUCAAGGAAUGGAUAGAGACGGCUGGUGAAACUGUGACCUUGGUGGAAUGCAGAUCGACGACAAGGGUAUUGCACCAGAUCCGUGCACACUUGGCUCACAUUGGCCACCCAGUGCUGGGCGACAAGCUGUAUGGCAAGAGCACUGCACCAAGCUGGUGCUCAGGUAUUUGCCUACACUGCAAUCGGAUCGCUGGCACGGCAAGAAGCUCUUUCCAAGCUGAGAGCGAAGCACCUUUCCUGCCCAAAGGUUUUUUCCGAGUUCCUAACCUGGUGGUGCAAGGCCACCUUGCGGUGAAAGUUUGGCUUAUGUUUUAUGAGUCUAUGACUAUGCCUCAAAUCUCAAAAUGUGCAUUGCAUUUUGCUGCAUAUAUUGCAUGCUGCUUGCAGUACCUCACCGGAGAAACCAACGUCCAAGACUUUGUUCGCGUGCAGAACGCAGAGAUUGUGACGAAUUUUUACAGGUCCUUGAGGCACAUGGGGAAGAUGAAGUUUGACCCACCACCAGAGAUCAAGCCGCAGAAGCGGGUUCGACUCUCCGAAGAUUUGCCCAAAGGAGUGGACUUCUAUGAAAUCCUUGGAGUGGACAAACUUGCCACACAGGAUGAGAUCCGUUCAGCCUACAAACGCGUGAUCCGAGAGUCCCAUCCCGAUGUGAAUCCGUCCGCAGAUGCAGCCGACAGGUUCAUCCAAGCGCAGGAGGCAUUUCGUUGGCUCAGCGACCCGCAACAGCGUGAGGUCUACGAUGGGGUCGGUGGCAAAUUUGGCGAAGAUGCUCUUUACGACUAUUCGGAUGAGCCCAUCCUUGGUUCCCUCUCCGAAAUCCGUGCGAUUGAGGAACUCACACCUGCUAGUUUUAUGGUGAAUGAGUGCCGGAAGGAUGUCACCGUAAGAGCAGAAGUGAAGAUCCAGCAUCACAUCACAAACAUUCGUCAGAGAUUUAGGGUCUAUGGCGCAGAACGCUUGAAGUAUGUGAGGAAUUUCUUCAACCGUCGCUUGAAGCAAGUCUUGAGUUAUCCCAAACUGAUCAGGAGGCUUCAUCCAUUCGAGCGACUGAGCGUUGAGUUGGCUCUCACACAUCACUGGAACAAGACCGGGGUGGCCUUCGGCAAAAUUCUUGCUUGUCUCAAGCAACUGCGCAUUCAAAUCCAUGAAAUCGGAACCCACAGAGCCAACCAAGCGAUGGUGGCAGAGCGAGGCAGACUGGCAACUUUCAUUGCUGACGAAGGCAUUGAGGAGAUUUUUGACCUUGUCACAAACUGGGAGCCUGUCUUCCAGCAAUUCAUUGGCUGUCAACAGGCCAUCUUCAAAUCGCCGUGCAUCGAUCUAGAUAAGCCCACCGUUGUUUUUGUUGGAGCUCCAAAUGUGGGUAAAUCUUCUUUGGUGCGAUCUAUCUCCACCGGCAGACCCGAGGUCAAUAGCUAUCCAUACACCACGAGGCAGCUCACCAUUGGGCAUUUGUGGCAUUUCAUUGCUGGCACACCUUUGCUGAUCCACGGUCAGAUUGUGGACUCUCCUGGUUUGAAGUUUGGGCCAGGUGGAAACCACAAUCUGAUGGACAAACUCACCAUGGGUUCCAUGGACCACUUGCCCACUGGUGUGGUGUUUGUGUUUGAUCCAUACCCGUACACACACGGGCUCCUAGAUGUGGAUGAGCAAGUGAAGCUUCGGAAUUCCCUCAGGGCAAGAUUUCCUCGUCGGCCAUGGCUUGACGUGAUCAGCAAGAUCGACGUUGAGGAGGAAGAAGCCAAGGACAAUAUUUCCAAGCUGAUGGAUCUAUUUCCAGAUGCGCUUCAGGUAAGCGCCUUUGAUGGCACUGGCCUGGAUGACUUGAAUAUGGAGGUGCGUGGAUUGCUGGAAGAGAUGACAAAGGUGGUUCGACAACUGCAGCGAACCAAGAUCCGACAACUUCGCAUGGGAGAUGAGGAAGUGGAGUGGGUCAGCAAGGAGGCAUUGGCUUUGCGAUGA